AUGCUUGGAGUGGCAUCCGACGCGGAUGGAGUGUUUGGAUCUCCGAUGCCUAUUUGUGCAGAUCGCCGCUUGUGCUUGAGCGGAGGCGGCGAGCAGCGAGUGACGAAUCGCCAGGUGGGUUGGUGGCAGAAGGACGAAGGGCUGGUUGGCGCGCUGGACUCUUCGCCUCGUGGCAGAGCGUGCGAACAGACACGACACCAAACGGCACAUCCGCGAACGCCACCACUGCUAGGCUCCUGGCCCAGCAAUAAGUGUUGCAUGGCUGUGGCGGGACAGUGCUUUCGGAUAUGCAUAGACCUGCCCGCUGCUGCGCUGGAAAGCGACCCGUUUAUUCCAAUGUCUGUUCCAUGGGACAUGAGCAAUGCCACUCCAAGGCGCAUACCUAAGCUGGCUGUGAGGAAUAAGAAUAACAUUGAAGUCAACAACUCCAGCGAGAAGAGCAAUAAUGAAGACCGAGAGCGGCCGGACAUAUUUAGCGUUCAACCUGACGACAGGACAUUUGAGUUGUUGACCAGUCGUAAUCAGCACCAGCGUACAGAUUCGAGACAAAGUCACAGCCAGACAAGAAAGGCCCCCGGCAAGUGGAAGAGCGCUGGCAUCCUUGGGUUUCUGGCCCUCAAGGAGCCUUCGACUUCUGCUUUGGAAGAAUUUGCAGAGCUUGAGAGGAGAAAGAUGACGAACCAGAGGGUACUGCCUGGUGUUUCGUCUCAGAAACUGCCGCAUCAUGUCCCGAAGAGCCACAGCAAGCCAGGAAGACAAUUGCUCAAAGUCAUCGCAGUUACGCCGAUGGGAGACGCCACCAGCAACACGAGAAGCUAUCGAGCUGCGGAGGCAAGAAUUGUUGCUCCGGUCGUUGGUCCGGUGAAAUCGAAAAACAAAGAAGUCCUGCCUUGGGAGAUGUUUGCACCUCCAGCAGAUGACCAGACUUCACUGGCUUCCCAUACCAUUCAAGACGAUUCACGAAAGUUCAAGCGCUUCAGUGGCAGGAUUGGGAGGAAGUAG